AUUCCUCUCAGCCCCAAGGAGUGAACCAAAGGGUGCUUUUUUCCUUCCCUCCCUCCCCGCCCCCCUAUUGAAUUAAGUCAAACAGGAGCUCCGGGAAUGCUGUACUAAAAGGAAUUGUAUUAUUCAGGCAGCAGUUGAUAGUGUAAUUUUAUCCUUCGCUGCAAUGAAGGUUAUUGUUUCUCGUUUUGUUAUUCUGUAGGACGUUAGUUUGGGGAUGCUCCUUGCUGCUCUGAGGUGCUCUGCUGGUCCUGCAUGUCUGUAGUGCCCUGAAAAGGGCAAUAUUGUAUUUAAUAGUUAUAUCUGCUGAAAACCACGACCUGCUAAGAGGACACUGAGCCCAGGCCUCUGCUCUCCAAUUCAUUUGCUGAGAUUUUCCAUGAUGUACUUGAGACAUAAGAAAGCUCACACAUUCAAUACCCAGAACUAAUCUAUUAUUUCCUGCUAAAACAUUUGUUUUCAUUGUCUAUCCAAUUAUUUUUUCCUAUUAUUUCUGCUAAAUGGUGAAAGAAAAAUUCCAUCUGCAUUCAUUAGGCAGCAAAUAGGCCAGGAGAAAAUCAAUCCAGCGCUGUAACAUAUUUUAUUAUGUCUGCGCUGAUGUUCUUUAAAGCUGUUUUUUAUUAAUUAGCCUGGUGUGGUUUAUGAAAUACACUUGGAGGCCAGGAAGUGAGUUACAAGAAGUAGCUCCUAACAGGGAGUGAGCAGUGGGAAGUCGGGCUGGAGAGGGCUGUUCCUUUUAGAGCAACAUGUUGAUCACCCUGAGCACAGACAAAUCUUUCCCUUGCAGGUCUUUGCUUUGUUAUUUCUGCAGCCUCACACGGUAACAAACUGGGUUCAUCUUGGCUACAAAUCCAGUAAUCCUGUUAGGAUUUGCUGGUGCUGAACCUCAGCUGUUUGCUUAACCUUUAUGGCUUUAAUUCACAGAGAAAUAAUUUGAGUUUAUGGUGUCAGGCUGACUUGGUGUUGCAGGGGAGACUUAAAUUCUUGUCUUUUUCUGUCUUGUUUCAUGAGCUGUGUAUUAGGAGUUGAAAGAGUGGAGUUCAGCUGGUGCUUAGGUAGUUCUUCCAUCAAAGCUGGACUUGGAGGAAUUUCUCCAUGGGAAGGGUGGUCAGGUCCUGGAAGGGGCUGCCGGGGAGGUUUGGAGUCCCCAUCCUGUCCGAUGAACAACUGGCCAUGGGCUGGGUGACCAGGUGGAAAACGUGAAGUUGCUGGAUCGCUACGCCAACAGGAAGGCAGCGAGCGGGACCUUGUACCUGACAGCCACACACCUGAUCUACGUGGAGGCCUCUGCUGAAGUCAGGAAGGAAACAUGGAUCCUGCACCACCACAUCUCCAGCGUGGAGAAGCUGCCCCUGACCACGGCUGGGUACCCCCUGCUCAUCCACUGCAAGAACUUCCACGUGGCUCACUUUGUGAUUGGGCAGGAGAGGGACUGCCAAGAUGUGUUCACCUCCCUGCUCAAACUCUCCCAGCCAGUGAAACCUGAAGAACUUUAUGCUUUCUCUUACAAUCCUAAAAUGUCCAAGGAGAACCGGGAAAUGGGAUGGAAACUGAUUGAUCUGAGACUGGAUUACCAGCGCAUGGGAAUUCCCAACGACUCCUGGGAAAUAACAGAUAUUAAUAAGGACUAUGAGGUUUGCAGCACAUACCCUCCUGAGAUCGUGGUGCCUCGAGCUGCCACCAAGGCCGUGGUGAUGGGAAGUUCAAGGUUCAGGAGCCGAGGGCGGAUUCCGGUGCUUUCUUACUUAUACAAGGAAAACAAUGCUGCCCUGUGCCGCUGCAGCCAGCCCCUGGCCGGGUUCAGCGCGCGCUGCCUGGAGGACGAGCAGAUGCUCCAGGCCAUCCGAGAGGCCAACCCCGGCUGCCCCUUCAUGUAUGUUGUAGACACGAGGCCAAAGCUGAAUGCCAUGGCCAACAGAGCUGCUGGGAAGGGCUAUGAGAAUGAAGAUAAUUAUGAAAACAUUCGUUUUAAAUUCAUUGGCAUCGAGAACAUCCAUGUGAUGAGGAGCAGCCUGCAGAAACUGCUGGAAGUGUGUGAGAUGAAGUCCCCCUCCAUGAGCGAUUUCCUGACGGGGCUGGAGAACUCGGGCUGGCUGCGGCACAUCAAGGCUGUGAUGGAUGCAGGUGUCUUCCUGGCCAAGGCUGUGAGGGAGGAGAGGGCCAGCGUGCUGGUGCACUGCUCCGACGGCUGGGACCGCACGGCGCAGGUCUGCUCCCUGGCCAGCCUCCUCCUGGACCCCUUCUACAGGACCUUCAAAGGCUUCAUGGUCCUGAUAGAAAAGGAGUGGAUUGCAAUGGGCCACAAGUUCUCACACAGGUGUGGCCACCUGGAUGGGGACCCCAAAGAGGUGUCCCCUGUGUUCACUCAGUUUGUGGAGUGUGUGUGGCAGCUGAUGCAGCAGUUCCCCUGCUCCUUCGAGUUCAGCGAGCGCUUCCUGCUGGAGAUCCACGACCACGUUUAUUCCUGCCAGUUUGGCAACUUCCUGGGCACCUGCCACAAGGAGAGGGAGGAGCUCAGAAUCUUUGAGAAGACCCAUUCCCUGUGGCCUUUCCUCUUACAGAGGAAGCAGGAGCUGAGAAAUCCUUUGUACAGAGGGUUUACAGCUUACAAAGAGCUUCAACCAAACACUCUACCUUUCAGUUUCCAGUUCUGGUGUGGGAUGUACAACCGCUUUGACAAGGGCAUGCACCCCAAGCAGUGUGUGCUGGAUCAGCUGCUGAGCUGCAUCAGCCAGAAGGUGACACUGGAGGACAGCGCAUCCCAGCUGGAAAACAGACUCCCUAUCCUCGACGGCCCCUUGCCCAGCAAAGGCUGCACCUCACCCGAGGCAGGAGCUGCUGCUGCCAAAGCCCCAACUCCUCCCCAGGACUGUGCAGGGGGAGCAGCCCCUGUGCUGAGCAAUGGCCCCUCCCUGGGGCAGCAGAAACACGAGGAGAGCCCAGCCCAGCCCCAGGAUCUCGGAGCCUCCCGGGAGGAUGGGCAGGCUCAGCACCAGGGAUGAGCUGUGGGAGCUGCUGGGAGAAGCUCUGGGGAGCUGCUGCAGCCCCCAUUUGCAGCUGAGUGUGAGUAGGGGUGUGCAGGGCUGGGGGAGCAGCUGCUGGGGGACACCUCCUGCAGCUCAGGUGAUGCAGAGCUGCCAGGAGCCUGCCUGGCAUUCCUGGGAGCUUGGCUUUCAGUGGGAACACGUGCAUUUCUGAGGGUCAGGGCUGCCUGCCAGCACUGCUGUUUGAGGCUGGAAGAAAUCAUGCCAAUUCCAUGAGGAGCUGGGCAGUAACUGUAGGAGGAAGGAUGCAAAUCCCUCUGUUCUCAGUGGUGGUCCAAGGUCAUCUUAGACCAAGAAAGAAUUUCAGUCCGUCUUCAAAUGAUAAAAACCCCCCCAACCUUUCUUAGCUGUGAAUGAAUCUCUGCAUGGACCCUUGCCUUGUAGCAGAAGUGAUUCAUGUUUUGUUUCCUAUGCAUAUUUGUUACACAGAACCAAACCCCCCGUGCCUUCUCUGAGACUGUGUCCGUGUCCAGCCAGGCCAUUGCUGGUUUUGUGUUGGAGUUUGCAGUGUGGUGUUGGGUCCUGUCUGUGCCCAGUGUUUGUCAGGAGGUUUUCUUCUGCUGCAGCUUCUCCGGGGUUUUUUGCUGAUCCCCUGAGUUCAGCAGCCUCUUUCCAAGCUGAGCUCUUGAGGAAUCAGCUUUUCUGCACCUCCUUUGUUGAUGGCAGUGCAGCAAGCCCCAGAGCCAGCCUGGAGCACAUGGAUUUGUGACAGGAUGGAGGAUUGGAAAUGAGGAAACACAGGAGAACAUUUAUGUGGAAUUUUUCUCUCUUAUAUUAUGAUCUUGGUUAAAUUGAAGCGAGUUAACUGUGACGAGAGUUCCAAGGUGGAAUCAUUGAUGAGGCAGCAAUUACAGAUGGAUAACAGAUGGGCUAUGUUCUGCUAUUGAAAUGGGGCCUAAAAUGAUGAAAUCACUUGCUGGUUCUUGGGAAUGUUCAAGUUCCAGGAACUUUAGGGAUGUUUUGUGUGUCUCAUGAGCAGUAUCUUUCAUGGCAGUGAAUUUAGGAAGAAUCAGAAGAAAUGAGGACUUCUCUCCCCAGGGUUUGGGUGUCACAAAUGAGUGUUUGAAGAUCACCCAAAGAAUCCCUGGGAGAGGCAUCAGCAAAAAAACAGGUUUGAUAUAAAAAAGUGUGACUGAAUUAAUUGGCAAGGUUCACUCUGUUACUUAUUAAAUGGUUAAAGCACAUGGAGAAAAACUGAAAUAGGAAAUCAAGCAACAAACUAAAAUCAUCCACCGUGGAGGCUGGGGAUGGAAAAGGGUCAGGAUGAAAGGGAGUGAGGGAGGUUCUCCUGUUGAGUCACGAGGUUCAGAGUGGAGCAUCCUGCCAGGCUGAGCCCUGCAAUUAUCAGCAGUUCAGGCCUAAAGGUUUCCUGGCAUCAGAGGAUCAGGAGCAGAACUCAGCAGCAGCAGAGAAUCAGCAGGUAAGGAAUUGAACAAGGGGUUUAUGGAGAAUUUCCUACAAGCACAACAGGAGCUCCCUCAGAGGCUGGGCUCACAAAUCCAGAGUACUCCAUAAUCCAGGAGAGCAGCAUUCCCAGUGCUUCGGCUCUGGCACAGCCCCAAGGACCAGGUCCAGGUGUAUCCCUGGGAAAAAUCCCCUUUGAUUUCCCUGCUAUAGAGAGUUUUUAUCAGAGUCCCUUUCCAGCCUGGCUGCAAUUUGGGUCAAUAUCUUCAUUUGAAAGAACAAAAAUGUUCCACUUGGGUUGUUACUCAGGCAAGAAAAAUCCGAUUCCAGGGCUGUUGGUUAAACCCAGGAGCUUGUGCUCCAGCCCUGGGAGCAGCCAGUGUUCCUGAUAAGCUCAGGGUGCUGCUUAUCAAAGCCUGAGGACAUUUCUGAGAUGGUGGUGUGGCCUUGGGGGCUUGGAGGAUUCACCCCCCUCAGGAAAGCUGUGCCACUGUCCUUGUUCUGUGCUGAAUUGCACAGAAUCCCCCUGUGCAGCUUUAUCCAGGAUGCUGCUCUGCUCUCUUUUCAAGCUGUUCUUUCAAUUAGGUGUUGCCAUCAAGUUUUCAAAUCAGUUUUUAUGUUUUAGAAAAAGUUUGGAAGCCAAAUGAAAAUGUUUAAGCCUUCCCAAUCUCCAGUGAAAGCAGAAACAUUGCAUUGUAACACCAGAAAGUGCAAUAACUGUGCUCAUGUGCUUUUAACCCACAGUGAAAUCACUGGGUAGAUCCAGUGUCCAAAAACCAGCCAGAACCUCCCUGAGUGGCUCGUUCUGGGUAAGAAAAUACCUAUUUUAUGAAGCACAUGAAAGAUCCAGGGAAGAAGAGAGCACAGAGCACUGCCUGGAAUGGCAAAGGGGAAGUUUUUUAAUAUUGAGGGUUUGUCAGACUUAAACAAAGUUGCCAAGGAAGGAGUGGGAGCUACAAGAGUGCUUGAUUAAAAAUUAAACCCUGGAAAUACUGAGCCAGGUGUGAGUGAUGGAUCAGCCUUGUCUUUCUGUGAUGGGCAACAUCCACCCCCAAAUCUGAGAGAAAAUGGGACAGGAAGCCAAGGCAGGCACAUUCUAGGACCAGUUAUUUUAUGGAUCAUCAGUUCAUUGAGUAUCUUUCAUAAUUAUCAUUAGAGAUCCCAAACUGCAGAGGAUUUUGAUUGACUGCUGAAGGACUUAAAGAUACCACUGGUUAAUUAUUGUACAAAUCCAGCUUGCAGAAGGCUCCUGGAAAUGUUUGUAUGUUGCUUUGCCUUUGGAAUUGCCAUUGGAGGAGUUUAAUAAUCUUUCCUUAUUCCUAAAAAACGAUACCUCCACAAAACUCCAGUGUUACUCCAAGUGUGCACAACCACCACCAGGUUACUCAGUGUUAUAAGCUUGGAGUAAUUUUGCUGCUUUUAACUCCAGUGGCAAAGCAGAACCAAACCCAAAAAUUAAUGUCUUUUAAAGCUCUUGGAUUUUGUGUGUACAGGCUCAGGAAGAGGCUGUGGUGUAUUAAAAGCUUUUCAUGCUGAUGCUGGAAUUUAGGAGCUGGAAAAGAUUCCAGGGUUUCCUCUUUUUCCACAAGCUCAUGGUGUGAAAGGCAAUGAAUGAGAAGCUGUGUGGGGCUGGAAGAGCAGAGGUGAGGAGCUGUUCAGAGCCCUGUCCUGAGUUUAGUGGGAGCUGCUGCCCAGGAAGGUGUUCCCAGCUCCUGGAGAUUCCUGCCUGGAUUCUCUGUUCAAGGAAUGGAGAAGCUGCUGCUGCUGCUGUUGGGAAUCUGCUGCUGCUGCUGGGGAAACUUCCUGCAACUGAUUUAUUCCUAGGGGAGCAGCCCUGCUUUGUGAGGUCAGAAUUCUGCUUUUAUUUGGAGCAGUGCAAUCCUCUCCCUUUGGAUUCCUGCGACUUGGAGAGCUGGGAGGGAGCAGGGAUCUGAUUUGCUGCAGAUGAGCUCUGCCUGUGUAAAACACCCCCUUUUCUGGAGCUGCUCCUGCUUCUCCAGGACAUUCCAUGGCUUCUCCAGGACAUUCCAUGGCUUCUCCAGAACAUUCCUUGGCUUCUCCAGGACAUUCCAUGGCUUCCUGCCUUUUCCCAGUGUCUCCCAUGCUACAACCAGGUGUAACCUUGUAGUGGGCUGGUGCCUGUUCUGCUCUGAAGCCCAAGAGGGACUCGUGGAGCCUCAUUUGAAAAGUCUUUAAUGUGGACUUUGUUCUGUGGGUUCCUAAAUUGGGGUUUUCUUUUGUACUUGUCACCUGUGGGAGAGAAAAUCCAGUUGGUGCUGUUUGCUCUGCAGGGAAAAAGUGGGAAUAAUUGGUUUGUCCAUAGUUUUAGUUCUCCAUGGUCUCCAUAGGGGUGAGGAAAAGCAGUUUGUGAAAGCUUUUAGGUCUGAUUUGCUCUUGGUCUGUUCCUGUGUUUAGUGAUUGCCUUUCCAAGUUAAUUCCUUGGAAUAAAAAUCCACCUGCUCUGAUCCAGAGCCAUCCUGACUGGGCUUGGAGGGAGCUGGGAAGCUUUGGGAAGCUCCAGGGAGCUGCCCCAGUCCUGCAGAGUGGGAUUUGCCAGGAGCUGAAGGUUCCCAGAGCUCCACAGGAUCUCCAGCUGGGAAUGUUGGUGUGGAGAGCCCUGGGGCUGUUGCUUCCAUCGCCUCUGGAAGCAGAGAGCCCUCAGAGGUGCUCCCAAAGCUGAGGAAAAGCCUUGGAAAGGGAAGAGCUCCUGCUGCAGUCUCCUUCAGCUCCUGGCAGACCUGGGCAGCCUCAGAGCCCAGAGGAGUUUCCUGGCACGAGGCAGUGCUGGAUAUCCAGGAGUGCCCAGGAGAAUUCCAGGUGUGUUUUCCUCUGCUCUGGUUGGUUUUAUAGGGACCUCUCCCAGCUAUCCCUGGUUUCCAUCCCUCCCUCACGCACAUCCAGGCAUUCCCUGGGGGAGAAACCUGCUCUGAAUGUCCUCUUCAUGUUUUAAUUAUCCCCCAGCACGUGAUUAAUUAGCUGAGGAAGCAGGGGAUGGUAAACCUGAGCUUGGGACCAGGCAGCCAGGUGGGCAAUUCGUUAGGGCAGGUGUGCUAAUGACAUUAAUUCAUGUGUCACCCUGGGAGCUGCAGGAGCAGGGCAGAGGGGCUGUUUUUGUAUCAUUUCUGUAUUUAAUAUAGCAGAAACUACUGGAGUGACUCAGCACUGGAUCCCAUCCUCCAGCUGGAUUUUCCUUGGCAUCCCUGACCUGAUCCUUGUAGGAAUGUCCCUAAAACCCCGAGUGGUGCUGGCUGGGAAUGUCCCUGUUGCUGUCUGUGUCACUGGGGAGGGACAUUUGUGGGGGAUGAGCCCCAGUUUGUGCCCUGAGGGCUCUGUGGGGCAGAACUUCAGUUCCUGCACUGCUUGAAGCUGAUCUUGUCUAGAGGAGAAUUGUGUCUUUUCUCUCUGUUUGUCCCAUAGAGUCUCUCUUGGAUUGCAGGUAUUUUUAUUCCCUACAAAAAUAAACAUUUUGCCUUUUUAAA